CUCCUCCUGACAAUGAAGAACACUUUGGUGUAGUGAAGAGAGUGAAGACAAACAUGGAAGAGCUCAGCGCCGUCGGGGAGCAGGUCUACGACGCUGAGUGCAUCCUGAACAAGCGGCUGAAGAAGGGAAAGUUGGAGUUCCUUGUGAAGUGGAGGGGAUGGUCAUCCAAGGACAACAGCUGGGAGCCUCAGAAAAACAUCCUUGACCCCCGACUGCUGGCCGCGUUCAACAAGAAAGAGCAGGAGAAGGAGCAGAUCAUGUGCAAGAAAGGGAAACGACCCAGGGGAAGGCCACGGAAAGUUGUUGAGAUCAACGCUGAGGCCACCAAGUCGUCCAGCUCUUCUUCGAGCUCCUCGUCUUCAUCCUCCGACUCCUCCUCGUGUUCCUCCUCUUCCUCCUCCUCCUCCGAGGACGACGAUGACGAUGAUGACAGCGCCAAACCGGUGAGCCCCGGCGUCCGGACGCGAGAGCUUCACCCGGGGCCUCAGAAGAAGGCCCAGAUCGUCGUGGCCAAGCAGGAGCCCCCUAAGAAACGGGGUCGGAAACCCCAGGCCUCCCCGGAGCUCCGGACCUUCCAGCCGAUCAAGGGCCUCCGCAAGAUCGCCUCCAGGGAACCCAUGGCGAUAGAGCCGCCGGGCGCCAUCAGGAAGCCUGCACACCCGGCCGGCUUCUCCUUCCCGGGCUACCCGAGGGCUUCCCCCAGGGAACAGCUUGGUGGAGCGAACAGGGGCGCCCUCAGUCCAGCCGGGGCCAGUCAGACCCCCACAAGCCCCCUGGGGUUGGCGAGCAGGGCGGCCCAGCCCGCCUCUCCGUCCCUGAACCGAUCAGGCCAGAACAGGAACAGCGCCGACGCUAAACUGUCCGUCUCCGUUGCGAGCGGCGUGCCGGGUCUGGCCGGGAAUAAAUCCAAAGGAGUGGCCUCUUUGAGCGUCAACGCCCCCAAGCGGGCGCCACAAGGCUCGGCGCAGCCCCCUCUGGGCUCUCCCCUCAGACAGAGGAAGCCCGACGCCCCCGCGUCGCCAGCUCUACAACGGCUCCAGGCCGGCAAAGCCUCGUCCUCGUUUAACGGCCAAGCCAACGGCCUCCAGCCUCUGAACCUCCAGAGCGGCCGCAAACCGCCGCCGGGGGGAAGCAGCGCUCCAGAGGCCCCGACCGUUCCCGCACAGGGCCUCAGGAACGCCUCGACCCCAGGGGGCAAGCCUGUGGCCGGGCAGCGGCAGGAGCCCAGCUGCGCCCAGACCCCCGUCUCCCCGGCCGGGUCGCUGCCCCGCAAGAGCCAGCCCGGGGCGGCCCAGGUGAGGCCGAGGGGCGAGGCGGGCUCCAACGGAGGGGAGAGGCUCGCCGGCCGGGCCCAGAGCAGGACGGACAAGGGGGACGCGCAGAAAACGGAAACGGUGGCGGCGGCGACGACUGUUCAGGGUAAACGGGACGCGACCGCCGCCGGCAAAGAUGGCGGCGGCGGCGGCGGCAAGCAGCCCAAGAGCGGCACGAGCACAGGGGAGGAGGGCAGCAGCUCGGACUCGGACCAGGACUCGUGUUUCCCGGGCAGCGGCCAGCAGGACCUCUCCAUCUCGCUCCAGAGCAGCCAGGAGUGGAAGCCCACGCGCAGCCUGAUAGAACACGUGUUCGUCACGGACGUCACGGCCAACCUGGUCACCGUCACGGUGAAGGAGUCCCCCACCAGCGUGGGCUUCUUCAACAUGAGGAACUACUGAGGCGAGGCACCCACCUUCUGACCUCAAGAAGGUCCCCGCACUUAGACCUCCGAAAUCUGCCUUGUGGGGGGGGGGGGGGGGGGGACACUCAAGCACUGUACAUUUUUAGUGUUGAUAUACACCGAGGGCUGCGGUAAUGCAAAUCCUGUAAACAUUUAACAUUUGUGUAGGUUUGUAGAGUGUUGAUUAAGACCAGCUACCGUCGGGCUAGGCUGUAGAUAUGCUUUCUCUUUCUAGCCGUUCUCCAUCUCUCUCUCUCUCUCUAUAAAUAUUCUUGACUGAUGUUUAAAGGAAAACAUUUUGUAGGGCAACUUGUGUACUUUUAAGCUAGACCUUUUUGUUUUUAUAUCAUUUGGAGUCAAACCGACUUAAAGGGAUCUAAAUCCUUUCUUUUUUUACUAAGACCUGUCUUAGCAGACGAGCUCUAACUAGCUGUUGCAAGACAGAGCUGCACUACAAGACAGCAGAUCAGGCUGAGACCGACCGCACGCUGGCAUUCUAGCAUCGACUCCAAAAGUCUGGGCUCUGAGUUUUUGGCUGUACGAAAGUCGAUAACCACAGUAUGCAGAUAAUAGUCACGGCAACGGUGUACGGUGCGAUUGCAGUAAUCAAGCAAUUGGCUGCUGUGGUGGUUGUAAUAUUGUCACAACUGCAGUGGAGUGCUACAGAGGAAUGAUAAAGAAGAGCAUUGGGGAGACGGCAGUUUGUUCGCUCAAACACAGGCGUGGCCAGUUGGCAGAUGAAGGCUUCCCACUGCCAGGCAUCUGUGUUCAUUCUGGGACUGUGAUCAGCGUGGAUGAUGGCAGGUUAAGGGAGGUGACUCCCUGAAUUACUAAGUGGAGUUUAUCAUGUACGAAAUUAUAUAUUUUUUGUGAAAUUUGCUUACUCCUUGGGCUGCAGUGCCAGAGUGGGAACUUCCACCCACGACAUCCGUUUAUUUUGUUGUGGGUCAGUAGGAAUUUCAGUUCGGCAUAAUGGCCUGGGAGAACAUGCAGAGGAAGAGAUUCCACACAAUGAAGACCACAACAAGGCCCAAUCCUAGUGUAACUGUAUAUAUUCUGUUAAUAGCUGGAACACCAUCUGAGGACACCAGUCAUAUGCUUUUUUUUAUUUUUUUGGUGUAUUAAUUUAUUUAAGUUUGAGCCAAAAUGGCCAACAGAAAAUGUAUUGGUCAUCACCCCUUCCGACUUGUUCGUUAUAAACUUAAUGUAUUUGACUGUUUCCUUAUCAAAUUCCCAAAUACUACUGCAGAUGAUUGGUUAAAUAUAUGUAUGGACUUCUGCGAGAUAGUCCAACGACAAUAAUUCUUUUUUUUUUUCAACCAUUCCAGCGACUUUCUCUGCUUUCUUCUGGCUUUAGAUGUACUCUGCUCUCGUUCCAGCAGAGAACCUCCAGCAAUCAUGAUAUAUUUUCUAAACUUGAAACCCUUUUUUUUUAUCGAAGAGAGUAAAAAAAAAAAGAAAACAUAGUUACUAUAGAAACCAUACGCGUUGUGGAUGCUUGCCCUUAUCUUGUCUUGUUGCUUCAAAAAGAGAGUUGAGAUUCCUCUGUGCAGCCAGCAGAGAUAAAAAAAAGAAGGUAGUUUCACUCAUGGGGAGAGUGAGAUAAAGUAUCUGCGGUUCACCCCCGAGUGUAACCUGAUAAGACGUGGUACUGGCCGAAUUUAACACACACACACACACACACCUACACCUCUCUCUGUGUUGACUAUCUUCUAGUAAAAGUGGUAAUUUUCCGGAACAAAGGCGGAGGAUGGGAGGAAGUGAGGGUGGACCCCCAGGGAGUUUAUAUCAGGCCCAAUCAGAGAGACAUUAAGAACUAAUUGGGCUCCUUUUGGAUUUGACAUCCAAAAACACGCAACAAACCCAAAGCAACGUUUCCCACGACAUCUUCAAACCUGUGUAAAAUUAAAAAUGGCAAACCCUAAAGAUGUUUUUUGUUACGUUUGCCAACCGAUUCGGGCACUUCGACACCGGUUGGUAAGUGGACCACGGUUCCUCUCACCAUGGUGUUUGCGUCGUAGAUGCAGCAUGACAGAAACCACAGUAGCGCCGGUGUACUCCUUGUUGAGGGGGAUUCUGCGACAAAGCCCCUGCCUCUGAACUCUAAUCCUCCCAAGCUCUCUGUGGCUUUCUCUCCCUCCUCAAAGCCAACGAUACAAAAGGAGUAAACUCCCAAAGAAAGCUCAGAUUUCAGCAUCCCCACGUUAAGGGGAACACACCGGGCCGGCGGGGCGGUGAAUUCCCCUUCACUGUUCGUUCACUUGAACUAACACUGCAAAUCAGAGGGGAGCGAUGCUGCGGAAACUGGUGGUGGUGGAGAGACGUUUGGGGGUUGUUACAGGUGGUUGGCUUUCAAGGCCAGACACUGAAGGGUGAGGGAGCGAGUUGAGGCCGUGUUUAUGUGUUUCUCAUCCGUUUGAAGUGCAGUCAAGUACUCUCUGAGAAGUACCCUCUCUGUCUGUGUAAAGCAUCAGAGCGUUGAUUUCAAGGUUGGAUGGCAGGGUGGCAUGAGGGUUGUUGGAGUGCAUUUUGUUUCAGGGGUAAAAAAAAAAAAUGACCCGUGUUCAAUUCCCCGAGAUAGUUGGAUGGUUUGUCUUCUGUACCUCUGUACCUCCUGAA